AUGGACGCCGCCGCCAGCAGCAAGAAGCGCAAGCUCCGCGACGCCAAUGGCUCGAAGCCGUCCAAGAAGCGUUCCUCUUCCGGAGCAGCACCCUCCCCCGCCGCAAUGUCGAAGAAGCUGAAGCGCACCGCGCCCGCGCCCGCCUCCGACGACGAUUCUGAGAACGAGGAUGCCGAGGAGGUGCAGUCAGACGAGGAGGAGGAGGAAGACGCCGCCGAGACCGCCGAGAACUUCAAGGACGCAGAAGACGACGACGGCGCCGGCUCAGACCUCGACGACGACGUCAAGGCCCCCGCUGCCGCACCCAAAACUACCUCCGACAUCCCCAACGCGGACGCCCUCACGCUGCCCCAGGUCGGCGCCGAAGCCCACGACUUCGCCGAGCUCAACCUCUCCGACAAGACGAUGAAGGCCAUCGGCGAGAUGGGCUUCACCAAGAUGACCGAGAUCCAGCGCCGCGGCAUCCCGCCCCUGCUCUCCGGCAAGGACGUCCUCGGCGCCGCGAAGACCGGCUCCGGCAAGACCCUCGCCUUCCUUAUCCCCGCCGUCGAGAUGCUCUCCGCCCUGCGCUUCAAGCCCCGCAACGGCACCGGCGUCAUCGUCGUCUCGCCCACGCGCGAGCUCGCCCUGCAGAUCUUUGGUGUUGCGAGGGAGCUGAUGGCGCACCACUCGCAGACGUACGGUAUUGUGAUUGGCGGCGCGAACCGCCGCGCCGAGGCGGACAAGCUGCAGAAGGGCGUGAAUCUACUUAUUGCCACACCCGGCAGAUUGCUCGACCACCUGCAAAACACGCCCUUCGUCUUCAAGAACCUCAAGUCGCUCAUCAUCGACGAGGCGGACCGCAUCCUCGAGAUCGGUUUCGAGGACGAGAUGCGCCAGAUCGUCAAGAUCCUACCCAAGGACGACCGCCAGACGAUGCUCUUCUCCGCGACGCAGACGACAAAGGUCGAGGACCUCGCGCGCAUCUCGCUGCGCCCCGGGCCCUUGUACGUCAACGUCGACGAGAAGCAGGAGCACAGCACGGUGGCCAACCUGGAGCAGGGCUACGUGAUCUGCGACGCGGACAAGCGGUUUUUGUUAUUGUUCAGCUUUUUGAAGCGCAACCUCAAGAAGAAGGUGAUUGUGUUCUUCAGCAGUUGCAACUCUGUCAAGUACCACGCCGAGCUGCUGAACUAUAUCGAUCUGCCGGUGCUGGAUUUGCAUGGCAAGCAGAAGCAGCAGAAGCGGACGAAUACGUUUUUCGAGUUUUGCAAUGCGAAGCAGGGGACGCUGAUUUGCACUGACGUUGCCGCGCGUGGAUUGGAUAUCCCCGCCGUCGACUGGAUCGUGCAGGUCGACCCCCCCGAUGACCCGCGCGACUACAUCCACCGCGUCGGCCGAACGGCGCGCGGCGCCAACUCCAAGGGCCGCAGCCUCAUGUUCCUGCAGCCCUCCGAGGUCGGCUUCCUCACGCACCUCAAGGAGGCGCGCGUGCCGGUCGUCGAGUUCGACUUCCCCGCCAACAAGAUCGCCAACAUCCAGUCCCUGCUCGAGAAGCUCAUCACGCAGAACUACUACCUCAACAAGAGCGCCAAGGACGGCUACCGCAGCUACCUGCACGCGUACGCGAGCCACUCGCUGCGCACCGUGUUCGACGUCAACAAGCUGGAUUUGGCCAAGGUGGCCAAGAGCUUCGGGUUCGCGGUGCCGCCGCGGGUGGACGUCACGGUGGGCGCGAGCGGGCGCGGGGAGAAGAAGGUGCAGGGACGGAGGGCGUAUGGGAGCCAGCCGAAGCAGGGGAGUGGGGGGUAUUAUAAGAAGAGGUGA